AUGCAUUUUUAUGUGGUAUACGCGUUUAUGACAGUGCACAAGCGAUCACCCGUUAUAGGUGAUCCAUGUCACCGCCAAAAAGCACCAUUCUAUAAGGCAAUAUACGUGAUUCAGAACAAAUUUAACGACACAAAAUCAGGAUUGUAUGAAUAUGAAAUGCUGAAUGGCUGCGCAUUCUUUAUUGGUAGUGAACAAUACGUUACAUCUGAUACUAAUUUUAUUUGA